AUGGAAGCACCCAAAUACUCCAGUGUCUCGGCUGCUUUUUGGGAGCACCUGCGGGGCCUGGGUCUGCAGGACUUCCCCUGUGGCCUGGGCAGCUGGAACAAGUCCCGUUUUGAUGCACGCACAAGCCCCAGCAGAAGCCAGCCAGGGCAGGAGGAGUCUGUGAUGCUGGAUGAGGAGAACCCUGAGAUGCUGAUGGAGCUGCUGCAAGACCCACACAGCCCUUGGGCUCUGCCACCAGACUGCAGCUCCCAGGACCAGUACCUGCGGGAAGUGGCUGUGCUGGCCCCUGAGCUCGUUUGUGGCUCCAACAUCUUCCAGGUCCUCAGCACCCUGCGCAUCGUUGGAAAGGGAGUGGAGGAGGUCGAUGAAGGCCUGUUGCAGCUGCAGAAGCUGGAGGAGCUCAUCCUCAGUGCUAACCAGAUCAGCAGGAUAACCUCAGCCAACCUGCCUCGGACACUGAAGGUCUUGGAGCUCUGCUGCAAUGCUGUGGCUGAUCUGCAGGACCUGUGUACUCAGCCUCCUCCAGAGCUUCAGCACUUAGGGCUGGGAUACAACAAGCUGUGUGGCCCCUCACAGAACAAGUACCUGUCUGUAGACUUCUGGCCAAAUCUUGUCUCCCUUGACCUGAGCUUUAACAGCUUCAUGGAUCUGCUGGAGCUGAUCUCCCAGCUGUCCAGUCUGCAGAAGCUGCGUAUCCUGGUGCUCCAAGGGAACCCACUGGCUCUCAUUCCCACUUACAGAGGCUUUGUCGUGGACAGCCUGCCCAAGCUCUCCAUUCUUGAUGACAUCCACAUAGGGCCUGAAGAGAGGCAUCAAUUCCAAGGUUUGGCAAGGCAGCCAGAGCUGAUCAGAAGUGAAGCACAGCUGGUUGUGAGCAUUGGGGAAAUCAAAGGAGUUCCUAAUCCGAGCACUCAUCAACAGCUGGAGGUUGACUCUGAGGCUCCAGUGAUCACCUACAGCUACUGUGUGACCUAUGAGUUUUUGGAGGGAGACGAGACUGGGGACAGCUGCAGCACUGAGGAAACAAAAAUCUGUCAGCAUCCUGUGGUGGUUACCCUGGAUAUGGACAGCUCUGCUCAGGACAUCAGAGAAACAAUGAGCCAGCAGAUGCACACAACCAAGGAGGAGUCCAAGGUCCCCUCUGCAAAGGUGUUUGUCACCCCCGGAAAGCCUUGGGCAGUCAUCAUCGACUGCAGCUACAGGAAGGAGCACACUAUCAAAGACUUGAUGGGACUGAAGUCCUACCUGGAGGCUGGAACGAUUGUCUCAGUUGUGGAGGAGAAGGUGCUCUCGUGGCCUGUCAGUGCUGAUCCAGAAGAAAAUGCAGUCAUAAAGGGGAAGGGUCCUGUACCCAGGGACAAGCAGAAAAAGAAGAAGAAGAAGAAGGAGAAGCCAUGUGAACUCCGCAGUGACCCUCCCAUUCAGAGGACCCUGGGCACUGGGAGGGUGAUCCUGGAGGCCCUGCUGGCCACUGAGGACUCGGUGGCAACUGUGUGUGACUUUGGGAUCCUGAUCACUGAGCAGCCAGUGCAACCACCAAGUCUGGAGGAGAAGGAUGGCAAAAAAAGCAAAAGCAAGAGCAAAAAACCAAAAGCAGAGAGAGAAGGUCAUGGCAGCCGGAAAACCACGGCGUCUGCUGAAGGAAAAAGAAAAACCAAAGACUCUGCUGAACUGGAGGAGGGUCACAAUCUCCAGCCAGUGCCACUGACAGUUCAGUUCCAGAUGCAGCUUCUUCGGUGGCCCAUGACAGUCGGUUCCCAGAGCUUGGGGGAGCCCCAGUAAUGUAUCUGUAGUGGAAGUGUGAGUGGAAAAUAAACCCCACGGGGAAGCUGCCUGGGUCCUAGUUUUGAUGAACUGCUGGAGCUGUGAGAUGCCCUUGUGCUCCUGGUUGUCUGGGGCUGCUGCUGGGCUUCUUCAGGAGCUGCAGUGCACAGGGGUUGGUGUGUGGUUUGCAGGGUAGGACUGAGGAUGUGGUGUGCAUGUAGAAUGUGUAAUGUGUCGUCUGCACGUGGGGUGUGCAAUGUGCAGGGUGCAGGUUGGGGUGCCUCAU